GUUAUUUCUUUUUCGUGUGUUUGUUUUCGUUCAUUGCUGUUAUUUCUUGUCGUGUGUUUGUUUGUGUUUUGACGUUUGUUUCCGAUGUGUUGCAGGUCGCGUGCUGGUCGAUAGCAGAGAGCCAACCUACGCCAUGGACGACACACAGGAGCGGAUCGUGAUGACGCCGCGGGGCAAGACGGCCAACUCGACGACCAUCAUGGUGGAGCGUCGCAAGGUGGCGGCGCAGGAGGGCAACGUGCAUGUGGGGGGCGGCCAGCACUCCGGCAUCAUCAUCAACAAGGAGACGCGGCAAGAAGAAGUGGAGGACACGCCCGCACACCUGCAGCUGGAGUUCAAGGUCUUCCUGGUGAACGCGCAGACGCAGAAGCACACGCAGGAGAGCCGACAGCUGCGGUUUUGGUUCCAGAGCUGCGUGCCGGAGAAGGAGCGGAUGAGGAGCGCGCAGGAGUUCUUCAAGGAGCUGGUGGCGCCAUUGGAGUUUCCUCGGGACUACGUUGGGUUCAUCAAGAAGAUAAUGAAGAUGAUGCAGCACAAGUACAAGUUGGUGAGCAAGGUGGAGGUGGAACUGAGGCAGCUGGAGGAGUCUGACAAGCCCCCGACCAGACCCAUGGAGGACCAGAAGCCCGAGCUGAGUGAGGAGAAGGUUCUGGAGAUGAUUGAGUCGUCGUAUCCCAACCCCAUCACCCUGCAGGAGAUGGCAAAGCGAGCGUCGUCGUCAGUGGCCCAGGUGGAGGUGUUCAUUGCCCGGCUGACCGAGAAGGGACUCAUCAAGCCCAUGACCAAAGACUGCUACACAAGAGUGGUUCAGAACGAAACAGACGUCAAGGUCGUGAGGCAGAUGCCCACCAUCACCUCCAAGAAGCAGCCGACCAUCGCCAUCAUCACAGCGCACUACUGUGAGAAGCUGGCCGUCGACACCAUGAUUGAGAACCAGGAGACCUUCGUGCGCUACACCACCGUGGGGGAGAGCAACGUGUACACCCUCGGCAACAUUGGCGCUCACAGGGUAGUGUGCACCAAGCUUCCCACGGUGGGCCACGACCGGUCGUCCUCCAUCGCUGCUGGAAACACCACCACCAGGCUGCUGGGAACCUUCCAGAAGGUGGACCACGUGUUCCUGGUCGGCACGGCGGGCGGCGUCCCGCACUACACGGACUACCACAAGCAUGUCAGGCUCGGCGACGUGGUGGUGGCCACGCCGCCCCCGGGACAGAAGUUCAUCUACAUGUACUGUGAGGGCUCCAAGACGCUGGACAACGGGACGUACGAGUUUGAGACCAAGUCGUGGGGGCCGCCAGACCUGAGCCUCCAGAACAUUGCCUACCAGCUGCAGCAGCAGGCGGCGGAGAAGGAAAGCCCCACCCCAUGGAUCCAGUACAUGGAGCAAGGGAAUGCCAAGCUAGCUGAGCAGGAGAUGGACUUCUCCCGCCCCAGUGAGUCCACGGACAAACUCUACAUGAGUAUUGGCGGUUCAGACAUCAUUGAAGUCUCCCAUCCAAUGCCUCCGGAGGGAAGCGAGAAUGUGAGGGACCCGUCCAAGCCGUGCAUCCACCUGGGCGUGGUGGCGGCCGGGCGCUGUGUCGUGGACAAUGACCAGAUGCGCCAGGACUUUGCCUCGCAGCUGUCAGUGGUGGCGUACGACCAGGAGUUUGAUGCUGUGGUGGAGUCAGUGUAUGGCAACCGCAAGGACCAGUAUGUGUUCAUCAGGGGGAUCUGUGACUACCAGGAUGGUACCCGGAACAAGGACUGGCAGCCGUACGCAGCGCUGGCGGCGGCAGCGUUCAUGAAGGCCGUGAUCUGUGGCAUGGAGCCUCCAGCUGAUGACUAGUUGGCUUAAUCAUGUUCUAGUUAUUAUGCAAGGUGGCACAACAGUUGCCUUACAGAGCUGAGCAGCUGAGGAAAGGAUUUGUAAUGGUGCAACUUGUGUGCCACCCUGCAGCAAUGUUAUCUAUAGAUAAAUUCUAUAAUGCUGUAUGUAACACAUUGUUGUAUAUUUUUGAACAGACUUUUUUCAUGGUUGAGAUCAGAAUCUCAUGGACAAAGAUAUAUAUGUAUAGAUACCUGAAAAAUUAUAAAAUUCUUUCCCUGAAUUUUCUUGAAGGCAGUCUGGAGGAUGCAGUGCUCACCGUUCCUGGAUCUCAAUAAUGCAUAAUUUUCCCUGUUCCUUGCCAAGCCAAGCAGCACCUGGAAGAAAGGUGAUGGUCCUGUGCUUGUACCUGUGAUGUAGCGUUAGUGUAGCACAGCGUGCACACACUUGGCAGCUUCAGGGAAAAGCCACACACAUAACAUGCAUUCAGUAGCAAGGCCGCCAGGAAUCUGGGUGACUCCGUUCAGCUUGUGUGGGCAAUGCAUCAGCCAGCUGAGGUGACAGUAUUGGCCUGAAGUACUCACACAUAUCGGAAUUUCUAGGCAUACCACAUGCUGUGUGUGUUUUGUUUUGUUAGUCAUGUGCGUCCCUCCUGUGAGGCGUUACUUUAUUUAUUUACGGACUCCUCUACAGUCUCUGCUCAACACGUCCCUGAGCAUCACAAAUGUUUCAUCUCACUUAUUGCAUUUUCUUUGUGAUCAAUAUUUGUAUUCAUGUUCCUCAGGAUGUAGAGGUUAGGAAGAUGAGUAUCAAAUAUGGUACUAUUAACAUUUAACUUUACAGCUAAGCAUCAAGAUAGUGUGCAGGCAACCACACUAACACACUCUGACCAAUCUUUGCUGCACUUUGUGGUUCUAUCAUUCCAGCACCGGCUAUGUUUGUUUUAUGUUUGUUGCCACACGCCAAUGUUUUGUUCUCUAACUCAUGAGCUAAACACACACACACACACACACACACACACACACACAUGCACACACUUACAGGGGGAACAAUUAAUACAAAAUAUGACUCAUUGUAGUUUCCAUAUCUAGUAACCAUUUAACUAUUCAGACAUAAAAGCAUUUCACUCUGUAAUGAGGAAAGUAGUAACCCACAGUUUCCAGAGGCAGUUUAGCUUUGUCAUGCUCCAGUAGUCACAUCAUACCACAGCUUUGCAAUAUGAUAACAACUUUGUCGGACUUACAUCAUGAAUAACGUUUUUGCUUUCAUUUGUAUUUAGACCAAUAUUUAAGUCUUCCCUAAAGUAACCAGGGUUAGUAACGAGUGCAUAUUUACAUUUAACAUACAAUUCACAAUCACAGAAGGGUAGACGCAGUUCUCUAUUCUGCGGCCGAGACUUUCCUGCCGCCGUAUUUGAAAUAGUACACACACAUAUAUAUACGCUUGUGAUAGACUUUGGCCCACUUCCUAGCACCACUUUCAGCUUGCUCACCACAUGCAUUUAGUCCAGCUGCUAGCAUGCCAUCAUUGUUACAAGUCUAUAAAAAGGCUGGUUAGGUAGAUACGACAAUGUAAAGUUCCUGUAUUAUCUCCUUCCGUGAAUAUAACGGUGUGAAGCGGAAAGUUGGGGUACAGUGUGAGUGCGAGAGAUUGAUCCACAGGACUCGUAAACUCACUGUGACUCGCUAUCCACUCUCCAUAUAGGUAGUGACAGGGAAUAGAAGGAAGGUGGAGGAAGUAGAUGAGGUAGAAAAUAGAAAGUAGAAGAAAGAAGGUAGAAGUAGAGUAAGGAUAAUGGAUUGGGGGGAAGGAGAGUGAGGGAGGAAGUGGAGUGGGCAAUGGGCUGAUGGAAAGGAAAGGAAGGAAGAAAGUGGAAUGGGCAAUGGGGAGAGAGAGCAAGGGAGAAAGUGGAGUAGUUGAAGAAAUGGUAGGAAGGUGGAGGGAGAGGAAGGGAGAAAGUGGAGUAGGUGAAGAAAUGGUAGGAAGGUGGAGGAAGAGGAAGGGAGAAAGUGGAGUAGGUGAAGAAAUGGUAGGAAGGUGGAGGAAGAGGAAGGGAGAAAGUGGAGUAGGUGAAGAAAUGGUAGGAAGGUGGAGGAAGAGGAAGGGAGAAAGUGGAGUAGGUGAAGAAAUGGUAGGAAGGUGGAGGAAGAGGAAAGGAGAAAGUGGAGUAGGUGAAGAAAUGGUAGGAAGGUGGAGGAAGAGGAAGGGAGAAAGUGGAGUAGGUGAAGAAAUGGUAGGAAGGUGGAGGAAGAGGAAGGGAAAAAGUGGAGUAGGUGAAGAAAUGGUAGGAAUGUGGAGGAAGAGGAAAGGAGAAAGUGGAGUAGGUGAAGAAAUGGUAGGAAGGUGGAGAGAGAGGAAGGGAAAAAGUGGAGUAGGUGAAGAAAUGGUAGGAAGGUGGAGGAAGAGGAAGGGAGAAAGUGGAGUAGGUGAAGAAACGGUAGGAAUGUGGAGGAAGAGGAAGGGAGAAUGUGGAUUAGGUGAUAAACUAGUAAGGAGAUGGAGGAAAUGGAGUGGCUAAUAGAAUAAUAGAAAGGAAGGAGAGGAAGGAGACUGGCCGCAUGGAAGGGGGCUGCCGAGACAAGUUUAGUGGGUCAAUUAUUUUGCAUCUCACUGUACCCAGCAGAGCACAGGCCAUUUCUCUGACUCUACAUCAUAAUUACUGCACAAAGAAAUCAUGUAUCUUUGGGUUUGUAUCUUGUGUACUCGCCUUUUUUAUUUUUGUAUUUAUUAUGAUUAUCUUUUUUUAAGGGGAAGAGUAACAGAGCUAGUCUCGUACAUUUUAAGUUUGUCUUAGUGCCUGUAAUGUUACGGCAUAAUAUUAAGUGCUUUGUUUGGUGUUACGAGUGUGUGUUACGAGCAAUGCCUCUCGGGGUGCAAUGCUGCCCAGUAAUGUGAAAUGAUGUUUUUUCUUUCUUCUUUUUUCUCUUUUUUUCUCUCUUUUUUUUACGUGGUAGCCUAUAGCAUCUGUAGGCUUUCUUGAGGGGCCUUGGCGGUUGGUCCCAGCCCGUUGUGGUGCAGGCAAGUGUUUAUAGUGGCUCCAUCUUUUCUUGUUUGUUUAUUUGUUUUAUUGUAUUCACUGCCACCCGAGAUACAGUGGAAGACACAUCUCAUACUUGACAAGGGCUGAUUAGGGAUAGCUAUCACCAUGGUUUAGGGUGUGUGUUGUUUUCAUGGUAAUUGGAUCAAAAAGUGUAUCUUGUUUGGCAGGAAAUAUGUCAGUUCAUAUCACUAUAAUGUAUUCUGUUUAUCUUUAUGCUGAGGUAAAUUUUCCUGAAACACUUACAGAACAAAUAAGUUAUCUCCGAACAUAUGAAUAAUAUAUCAGCGUCCUGUAAUUAUAUUUUUAAAGUGUAUCUGGUAUGGCAGGAAAUAUGGUAAGUUUACUCACAGAAAUGUUUUAUGUUUGAUCUUUAUUCUUAAGUAAAUUUUCUUAAACACUUACAGAACAUAUUAGUUAUCUCUACACACAUGAAUAAUACACCAGUGUCCUGUUGUCAUUAUCAUUUCCAACACACACAAAUGAAUAAGAAAUCUCACUCUGGCAUUUAGGUUUUUGUCCCUCACUGACGAGACACUGUUUGGGGCAUGGAAUAGCGGGCUCGUGUUAGACAGCCGUAGGGUAAGUGAGUAGCCCCAGCAGUACAGUAUUAUGCUGUGCCAGUGGGGCUUGUGUUGCCUCAGACGGAGCGAGAAGAGGAGGCAGAGGGUGCUAAUAGUAAAGUGUGUGUAUAUACGUAUGCAGUGCUUGUAACGUGGGGUCGGGGAAUACAGGACGUCACUUCAUUACGUAAUUAUUAUAUUUGUCGAGUCUCCUCAUUCUGGCCCGUUCUCUGAUACGUGCCGGAUUUUGUUCACUUUUUUACCUUCAUGUUUUUUUUUUUAUGGGGUGGACGUAGGUUUAUUCUUCAGCGUAAAUGUUUUAUUUAUGCGAAUAUAUUGCUUGUCUGUCCUCCUGUUUGACUUUGUUUCAGUGUAAGUUUUUUUUUAUUUUUCUGUCUAUCUCUGUCUAUUUCUCUAUUUAUUCUCUCUCUCUCUCUCUCUCUCUCUCUCUCUCUCUCUCUCUCUCUCUCUCUCUCUCUCUC